AUGGCUCUACUAGACUUGCCACCCGAGCUGCUAUUGCGUGUUUCAGCCUUCCUCACCACCUCUGAACUUGGCAAAUUCAGGCUCACUUCUAAGAACAUCGAAGCCGUCCUGUUUGACAGUUUCGCUCGCGAAUUUUUCACCAAAAAGCAGUUCAUGCUCGAACAAAUCAGCCUUCAAGCUUUGAUCGAUAUCUCCAACCAUCCAACCCUCGCCUCUCGGAUCUCUGAGGUUGUCAUCAGUACCCAUGUCUUUCCUUCAGACCCAGAGAUGAUCUCUCUAUCUGGCAAGGCCAUGUACAAGGCUGGCUAUGUUGAUCAUGACGUCCUCAUGGCAUCUGGUCAGGCUCUCCAUAUGUUAACUGAAGCCUUUUCCAAAUUGCCAAACCUGCGCAUCGUGGGUUUGCGGGACUACAAUGGACUGGGCCGUUACCGCGAUGGAGAGUUCGCUACAUGGAAAAGCUGGGGUUGGUCCUUUGGCUGGGACGGUCUGCCCGCUUACGACGCAGACAACAGACACAGCCAGCGUGGACUCAAGACCAUCUCUCCAGAGCCUAUCUUGCCUGUGCUGUUCUACGCUCUUGGUCAUGCCAAAGUUGUGCCGGAGAGCAUACGCGUGUUCCUGCGUAAGCGUUCAAUGCUUACCCAACAAUCUUUCAACAUCAUGGACGGCUACUUGGGUGAGAAGGUCAGGCCCGUACUGGGCAACAUGAAGGAGUUGAUGUUUGCCAUCGGCAACGACACGACGCCCUACUACUACCACAGGACAAUUGCACCGACCAAGUCCGACACUGCCAGUAAUCUUCCCCUCGCGCGACUGCUACAACGCACCCCAAAACUUGAGACUUUGAGGUUGAACUUUGAACCGAGUCAAGCCUUUGCUUCUGGUUUCCUGGAUUGGCUCGGAUCCCCAGCUUCUAGCCCAGCAACCAACUCCGUUGCAUUGCCUCAUCUGACUGCUCUCGAACUGGGCAUGCUCACUAUCCCAGCUGCAACACUUUUGAAGGUGCUCACAAAGCACUACUUCAUGACCUCGCAACCGCGCUAA